AUGCUAGACACUGCUAAGAAGGGCCUUUUUGCUCUUCUGUUGCUCUCUAGGGCAAGACUGGCAUCUGCCCAGGGUUCUGGGCGUCCUGGUCAUGGCCUUGUCGGUUAUCCCAUCAUCAUGUACCAGCCUGAGUGUGCGCACGCUUGCCGGUCUGCGUUGCCACGUUCGUCCAUUCCUUGCGACAUUCACCUGAAUGGUCACCACAGCAGUACGGUGUCGGCCGAGUGCCUGGCCUUGAGCGAGCCGUACCUAUUUUCAGCUGCUUGGUGUAUAUACACACAUUGCCCGGACGAGAAUGUGGCAGUCUCAACACUGGAAACGUUUUGGGAGACCGAACUAGUAGGACGAGAAUUGGACCAACCAAAGCCUAAAUAUACAUAUCAGGAAUCGCUUGCUCUUGUGAAGAACGAUCCGCCAACCACAUUGCUAGCCAAAACGACGGCUUUCAAUAGAACGACCCUUGUUAGUGACGAAUCUUAUACUGCGGCUUGGAAUGGCAACACGGCUUUCGAAUAUACGGAGAUUAACCACCAAAAACUAUCCCUCAUUGUCCUGGUCACAGGAGCCGGAAUCCCGAUCUUGUUGUCACUGCUCCGGUUCAUACCCUUCCCUCCCACUUUGGUUGACCAAUUUUAUGGCUACAUCAUUGAGCCUCCGCUGUUCGGGGGACGCCACGCGAGUCCGAUAUUAGGUCUAGGACUCGUCCCAACCAGAGGCCAGUCUCUUUUCAUUCUGUACCUCGUUGCCAUCAAUGUCAUAUUUGUGGCAAUCGGAUAUAAGCCUCGUCAACCAAACUCCUGGUGGGAACAUGGCCUCUGGGAGGAAAUCCUCAAUUAUGUGGCAAACCGUACUGGGAUGCUGAGUUUUGCCAACCUGCCACUGGUGAUUCUGUAUGCGGGUCGCAAUAACGUUCUUCUCUGGUUGACGAACUGGUCAUACUCUACCUUCUUGUUAAUCCACCGCUGGGUUGCCUUUCUCUGUGUGCUUCAAGCCGCGAUUCAUUCAGCUCUUUGGUUGCAUAUUCAUGUAGGGAUCUCUCAUGACCAUGGCGAAGUUGCCGCUAUCCCUUACUGGUACUGGGGUAUCAUCGCGACGCUGGCCCUCGUCCUCAUUCUCCCUUUCUCCCUACUACCAGUCCGUCAGAAAAUGUACGAGUUCUUCCAUGCGGCGCACAUUGUCCUCGCUAUUCUGUCCAUUGUCGGAUGUUGGUAUCACAUCAUCUACCGCUACAAACGUCAAUGGGGAUACGAAAAUUGGGUCAUCAUGGCUUCCGUCAUCUGGGCCUGCGAUUGGGUCCUGCGAGCAGUAAGAAUGGCUGGAAAUGGAAUUAAAAGGGGUUAUAUCACUAAACUCGGCGACGAAUACAUUCGCCUCGACGUGCCCGGCCUGAGCUGUCCAGGUCACGCAUACAUGUACUUCCCUACUCUUACGUGGCGGGUUUGGGAAAGCCACCCCUUUUCGGCAAUCGGUGUCUCUCAACUCACGGUUCUGGAGGCGGGUUCAAGCAAUGCGAAAGACCCUGAACCUCCAGUCCUUGACUCCGAAAAGGCCGUCGGAUUGACGAGUGUCGUUACGGCAGGCGAAACCUCGUCAUCCACCUCGCCACAGGAGAAUGACUCAGCUGCUCAUGCAACAAAAACAGGAGUGAGCUUCUUCAUCCGCGUUGAAAAUGGCAUAACAUCUCUUCUUGCAGCCCAUGCCGGUAGGCCUGACGGAAUACCUCUGUUCGCUGAGUGCUAUAGCCAUCAGUCUGUUCUUCGCCAUGAUCUCCAUGGCCAACCAACUCCAAGUCAUCCAAAUCUUGUCUUUAUUGCGGGCGGAGUGGGUAUUACUGCGGUUCUGCCAAAACUUACCGCGUCACAAUCCCUUUUCAAGAAACCAGUCGGCAGGAGAACACUCUAUUGGGGUUUACGUGACGAGGGUUUAGGACUUUUGGGGGCCGUGGAAGACAUGAUUGGGAGACGCCAGGAACACAAGGGAGAGCCCAAGGAAGUCAGAGGGGAUCAAGAAAAUCACAACAACACUAGGCGGAAGUGGGGGGAUGUUGAUGUUCAUGUCAGGGUUGGAGAAAGAUUUGACUUCAGGACUGCGAUAGAGACGGAGCUAGCCGCAGUUAAUGGCCAAGGAGGCACCGUCAUUCUCACAUGUGGCCCUCGGGGGAUGGCAGACGAGGUCAGAAUGGUUGUUACUGCGCAUAAGAGAAAGGGUGUUGCCGUCAGACUAGUAGAGGAUAGUUUCUCUUGGUGA